AUGAGGAAUUAUCUCGCUCGGUUGGGGGCUUUCCAGCUGCUCUUGGGGGCCUGCCACGCUGUGGUACACACAUUCGACUGGAAUGUCACCUGGGUCACAGCGAAUCCCGACGGUCUUGCUGAUCGCAAAGUCAUUGGUAUCAAUAACCAUUGGCCGCUGCCGACAGUAGAGGUGAAUAAGGGCGACCAAAUCAUCGCGAACGUUUACAAUGGCCUCGGCGACAAGAGCACCUCUAUCCAUUGGCAUGGUAUUUACCAGAACAGCACCAAUGACAUGGAUGGCCCCUCGAUGGUGACACAAUGUCCAUUGGCUCCUGGAUCAAGCUUCACAUACAAUUUUACCGUCAACCAAAAUGGCACCUACUGGUAUCAUUGCCACACGGACUACUGUUAUCCCGGUGGUUACCGUGCGCCAUUCAUUGUUCACGACACCGAUUCCUACUUCUACAAUGAAUUUGACGACGAGAUGGUUAUCACUAUGAGCGACUGGUACCAUACACUUGCAGAGGAUAUCAAACCCGAGUUCAUGUCUCUAUACAAUCCUACUGGGGCCGAGCCUAUACCUGAUUCAUUUCUGUUCAACAACUCAAUCAGCCAAAGCUAUCCCGUGCAGGCAGGCAAAACAUACCUUAUUCGAUUGAUCAAUAUCUCCACGUUCGUGGGUCAAUACUUCUGGAUUGAGGAUCAUACUAUGCGUAUUGUGGAAAUCGAUGGCGUCUAUGUCGAUGAGACUGAAGCGGACAAGUUGUAUCUCUCUGUUGCACAACGAUACGCCAUUCUGGUCACUAUGAAGAAUUCGACCGAGAAGAACUAUGGCAUGGUCAUGGUCGCCGACUCGUCUCUACUCGACACUAUAUCCCCUGAUCUCUUGCUCAAUCAGACCAACUGGCUCGAGUAUAACUCUGAAGCAGCGCGCAACACCGUGGCAAUGCCUGUAGACGACUCUUCUGACAUCUAUCCGUUUGAUGAUACUGAGCUUGUUCCGCAUGAUCGAGUCGAGCUUUACAAAAGCCCCUCUAAAAGAGUGGAAGUUACUGUUGUUAUGGAGAACCUCGACAAUGGCAAGGGAUAUGCCCUGUUGAAUAACAUUAGUUAUACCGCACCCAAGGUUCCCACCUUGUAUACCGUCAAGUCCUCAGGAGCCCUGGCCACCGAUGAAACAAUCUAUGGUGAUUACACCCAUUCUAUCGUGCUCGAGAAGAAUGAGGUUGUCGAAGUCAUCCUCAGCAACCAGGACACGGGGACCCAUCCUUUCCAUUUGCACGGGCACAAUUUCCAGCUGGUUGAUCGUUAUCCACGUUAUGGAGCAAAUUUCUACGACUAUAGUGAUGGAACGGUGUUUGCCACCUUUGAUGCCGAUAAUCACACCGCAUUCCCUACGUAUCCCGCUCGCCGUGAUACCUUCGUGGCCCCUCCUGGUGGAUAUUUUGUGAUCCGCUUCAUCGCCAACAACCCCGGGGUCUGGCUCUUUCACUGCCACAUUGAUUGGCAUAUGAUGCAGGGUCUUGCAAUGACUUUUGUGGAGGAUCCACUCUCCAUUCAGGAUACAUUCAGCAUUUCUCAGGCCCAGAAGGAUGUCUGUGAUGCUGCUGGCAUCGCCUGGGAAGGUAAUGCCGCUGCGAAUACUGUGGAUUACCUGGACUUGAAGGGACAGAAUGCUCCUCCUGGGUUUAUUCCUGGCGGCUUUACCACCCGUGGCAUCGUUGCACUUGUCUUCUCUUGUGUCUGCGCAGUCCUUGGUAUGGUCUCGAUCUCGAUUUAUGGGGUCUCCGAUUUGAAAUUCACGAUGGCUGAGUCUGGACUUGGUGGUGGAGCUGCAGUCACGACGGAGAGAGGAGCUCCAGCUGCGGAGUACAGAGACUGA